CCAGUGGGGAGGGACCUCCGGUCUGAGGAAGGGCAGCGACAACACUCAUGCCCACUUCACACGGCGCGCAGUGCAUGAGCAAUAUGUCUCACCUACCAAGAAACGGAUUGCCCUCUGACCUCUGAUCUGUGGACUCUCAGCAAAGAAGGUCUCUAAGUCCAAUGGAAUCUGAAUUUCACCAGAGGAAAGUUUGGCUCCCAUCUUUUGUCUUAGCUGAGAAGUCGAGAGAGUACAACUCAUCAACUUUCUGUUCCUAAAUGCUUUGCAAUUAUUCGAGGAGCAGAGAGUCGACUGAAUCCUUCUGAGGGACAUGGACACCAUGGAGAACCCAGUCCUGGAGCCCAGAUCAGAGCGGAUCGCUCGGUAUAAAGCUGAGAGGAGGCGAGAACUGGCCGAACGCUUUGGCAACAUGGAGGAGUUACCUUCAAAGUGGGUGAGGAGGGACGGGAGAGAGGUGCACGACCCAGUGACCCAAGCCCACAGAGGGACUCUGAACUCAGAUGAAAGAGUUAAUGGCAGGACACGAGGAGUUACAAAUGGAUUAGAGGAUCCUGAAGAGUCCAACCACUUAAGAGGGCAGGGUUCCCCGGACUCUGCCAACAUGCUGAGUGGGGAGGGGCACCCCGUCUCUCUUGGACUCGAUGCCCCGCAGCUCCACACUCGGGUGUCAGUGGGCCAGUUGAGAAGUGCCCUCCUGCAGCAGACGGGGAGCGGAGUGCAGCCCGAGAAAGUUGGCCCUGAUGCUGGGCGAACCACGUCCUCUCUGGAUCUAGCUGUGAAGCCAGGCGCUGAGGGAGGGCGGCGCCGCACCCGCCGUUACCUCCCCAGUGAGUCAGGUGGUGGUCGCAAGACAGGGGAACGCUUCAGGACACAGCCAAUCACAGCCAAUGAGAUGGAGGAGAGCAGCGGGCUGUUGGACGCAGAAGAAGACGAGAACUGUAAAGCUGAUGUGAAAACAGACGACAGAGCCAAAAUGAGUGUGGCAGCCAAGAUGUCUUUGUUUAAAGAGCUGGAGAAGUCUGCUGCCCCUGAGGCCUCGGCCUUCCUGAAGCCUCGUUCAGGCAGCGUCUGUCAUGAGCGUAGGGUGCGCCGGGGCAACGACCACCGCUUUCUAACUCAGCCAAUCACCUGUGAAGAGAUUGUGGCAAUCAGCACCCCAAAACCAGCACCCCCAGUGGAGUCCCAGUCUCUGCAGGCUGAGUCAGCAGAGGAUGGUGAUGAGAGCUGCAAGCUGAGCAUGAGUGAGAAGCUCGCCCUGUUCAACAAACUGUCACUGCCGGGGAGGCAGGCUGGCGGCCCUACCGAGGGGCCCCCAGAGAGACGGAGGCAGAAAGGGGCUCGAUACCGAACACAGCCCAUUACUGUGGAAGAGGUCAGCCUGAUCCAGAAAGGCCCCGUACAGCUUCCUGCCUUCCGUUUGUCCCCUCAUCUGUCCGACAGACAGCAGGCCUCGUCUGUCAACCUAAAACCCAGUGAGAUACGCCUUUCCCAACCAAAACCUGACACCACUCCUGUACCUGGGGAGCCUAGUGGCUCCGACCCGGAGCCAGUCUUAAGAGGAAUCCUGAAGAAGAGCUGCUCCGGAGGCUCAGAGUGGAACCGGACGGAGGGCGGUCAGACGGAUGCAUUGUCCAGUCAUGAACAGAAUGGCGGAGGCUGUGAAGAAGCAGGGAUACAAGCGAGGAUGGAGGGCACAGAGCAGCGGGAAAUAUGUGCACCUCCACGGAGACAGAGACGAGAGGCUUCAGGUGUGGAGGGAGGCUCGCCAGGUGCCGCGGCUCCCUGGAGGCAGAGAGCUCGAACCAGAAGGGAAACCAUCGCUUGCCCACCGAUUAGAGCCUUGUCAGAGCAUGACGCUCCUCAGGAGGAGAGGCCCUGCCAGACAAAGCUACAGGAACAGCGGGUGUCCUCAGUGGGAGAUAGCUCAGAUGGGAGAGUUCAGCAACAGGAAGAGGUAGAGAGUGUGAAGAGGUUGAAUGAAGAAACUGCAACCAUUGGACAUGUUGAGGUCACACUGGUAGAUGGCACAGUUAAACUCCCAGAGACAACCAAAACCAGCAGAAGUCAGGAAGAGACAGAAACCCCUCAUGAGGAGAGAGUUAACCCUCAGUGCUGGGAGCCCGUCUUUUCCUCUGUCUAUUCUAGCAGUACAGCCCAAUAUAUCAUGUGUUUCAAUCAGACAAAUUUGUCCUUUGAGGCACAAGAAGUCUCCUCUCCGACCAAGAACCAGACUCAGCCUCAGUGGAGGCAGAAGGCUAAGGGAGUUGAGAAUGAGAUGGACGAAGUCAAUGAGAUGAAUACAGAGCAGGAAAGGAGAGAGCAAGAGGCCGGACGUAUGGUCAGGAGAGAUCUUGGAUCUCCAGAAUCAGACAGAAACGACACCUCUCAAAACAAGGAACACUCCACUGAAGCUCCAACAUGCACAUAUGAAGAAAUCUCCAGUCUGUCUACGAUGGAGUUUGAAGCUCCACAAAGCUGUCCACACGAAGUGAAGGAGGAGUCGCCUGUGGAUGAAUCAGACACUUUUGAUGAAGGUUUCUACAGAGAGCCGUCACCUCCCUCCGCCUGCGCCCCCCCUCCCUGUGGAGACAUCACCGCUGCAGAGAGUGAGCAGGACCUGGGUGUCCUCUGCCAGACCAACACACCCAUACUGACCUCAGCAGUAGCAGAGCACAGGAGGUCGGUGCGUCCGUCCCGUCGCACUCAGGGCUCCAGGAACCCUCUGAGGGCUCUUGCUGCCCGGGAGGACGUCAGGCAGGACUUCAUGGGAGAGAGAGUCAACACAGCUGCUGAGGAGAGCACCCAGGCAGAGAAGAAGUGCAAGAACUCCUCUGUGACAGAUUCACACGUUUCUCGAUCAGAAGACUUCAUCUCUUCCUCAGACUCCACCAAGUCGUCUCCUCCCUUCAGCAGCCUGAUGCUCAUUCACAUCAAAGGUAGGCGGCAUGUCCAGGUGCGUCUGGUGGAGCCCUCAGUGCGGUCACUGAACAGUGGAGACUGCUUCCUGCUGGUCACUCCGGAGCAUUGCAUCCUGUGGAGCGGAGAGUUUGCUAAUGGGCAGGAGAAAGCCAAGGCUUCUGAGUUGGCAUUAUCCAUCCAGAGUCAGAGAGAUCUUGGCUGUCAGGCCUCCCAGGUGGUCCACCUGGAGGAGGGGCUGAACUGUGACAGCAGCCUAGCUGAAGACUUCUGGAGCCUUCUGGGAGGACAGACACAAUAUAGAGGAGCCAGUGCAGAAGAGGAGGAUGAGCUCUAUGAGCGUGGUGUGGUGGAGUCCAACUGUGUUUACAGGCUGGUGGAGAACAGACUGGUGCCUCAUGAACAGGCCUGGGCCGCCAUCCCCACCAUCUCCCUGCUGGGCUCCACUGAGGCCCUGGUGUUUGAUUUCGGCAGUGAGCUGUACCUGUGGCAUGGACAGGAUGUUUCUAUCAGCAGGAGGAAUGUGGCUCUCCAGCUGACUCACCAAGUGUGGGUCGGAGCUUAUGACUACAGCAACUGUCGAGUCAAUCCGCUGGAUCCCACGCAGAGUAACCCCAACACACAGCAGAGGGGAGAGGGGCGUCCCUGCUGGGCGUUGUUCGGUUGUGUCUCAGAGCACAAUGAGACUGCUCUGUUCAGGGAGAAGUUCCUGGACUGGACGGCUGGCGGUGGAGGCGUGGAGGAACCUGCUUCAGUGAGCAAAGAGAAACAGUCCCCAUCAUCAGACGUCCUGAGCGCCUGUGACGCCAAGGCUCUAGUGUCAGGUCAGUCUCUGGAAGGGGACGGCCUGGUCCAUAACGUGCUGGCGGGGGUUGACGUUCAGAGGGGGCACGGGGUCAUCACGCUGGAGGAAGGAUGUCAGAUGGAGCUGAAAACAGUUGCUGUGGACACGUGGCAUGUCCAGGAGUUUGAUGACAGUGAAAUUCCCGUGGAGAGCACCGGACAGCUUCAUGAAGGAGACUCGUAUGUCAUCCGCUGGACGUACAGCAUCAACACUUUUGAUAAGACAAACAGCUCUGAUGAGUGUAGCAGAAGUCCUUCACAAAAAGAAAACACCGCUUUCUUCCUGUGGCGAGGACGUCACUCCAGUGUGAGUGGACGGGACACUGCUGCUUUCCUGUCCAUCGGGAUGAAUGACCAUGAAGAGUCACAGGUGGUGGUCCCUCAGGGACAAGAACCUCCCUGUUUCCUGCAGCUUUUCCAGGGAGGCUUGAUCAUUCAUAAGGGCAAGCGUGAGGAGGCCUCCACUAAUGCAGCAGAGUGGCGCCUGUUCUGUGUGCGAGGAGAGCUCCCAGAGGAAGGCUCUCUGUUGGAGGUGGAUUGCUGCUGUUCAGGUCUGAGGUCCAGGGGCUCUGUUGUCCUGCUCAACAGCCAGCAGGGGGUGCUGUAUCUCUGGACUGGCUGUAAAGCUCACAGCAGCUCCAGAGAGGUCAGCAAGAAGGCAGUAGAGCAUCUCACUCAAAUGUCCCCACCAGAGUUGGGUCUCAGUAAAAGCAGUCCUGUGAAGGUGCAAGUAGUGGAGGAGGGUUCUGAGCCUGCAGACUUCUGGACAGCGCUGGGACAAAUGGACAGGAAGGCCUACGACUGUAUGCUGCAAGAUCCGGGAAAAUAUAACUUCACACCUCGCCUCUUCCACCUGAGUGCCUCCUCUGGAAGUUUCCAGGCCGAAGAGCUGCAGAGUCCAACGCGGCUGCCAGGAGUUGUGAUGGCGGCGCCCUUCGUCCAGGAGAGUCUGUACUCUGUACCACAGCCGGCCUUGUUCCUGCUUGACAACCGACUGGAGGUCUACCUGUGGCAGAGGGGUCAGCCCGAGCAGACAGAGAGCUCGGCUGCGGCCUGGAGCAGCUGGCACAACGAGAGGAGGUGUGCCAUGCAGACGGCGCUGCAGUACUGCAAAGAGAUGAACCCAAGACGGCCACCGCAGGCUUACCUCAUAUUUGAGGGUUUAGAGCCUCUCACCUUCACUAACGUGUUCCCCCGCUGGGAGAGGAGCCUUGGACCCCACACACAGGGUGAGACAGGGCAGGUGAAGCUGACCUUGGUGCAGGACGCCCUGGCCCAGCUCAUGAAGACCCAGUACCCCCUUGAGGAGCUGCUGCGGAGCCCAUUACCUGAAGGAGUCGACCCCCAGCACCUGGAAGUCUACCUGUCUGAUCAAGACUUCCAGACUAUUUUGGAAAUGAGGAGAGAUGAAUAUGCUUCCCUCCCAGACUGGAAGCAAAUUGAUCUGAAGAAAAGCAAAGGGUUGCUUUGCUAGACAGCGAAAACAAAUGGAGGCUGACUGACGCUCCUGCAGCAGGGACUUCCUCCUCCGCCGAGGAGGGAAGAUGGCAGGGGGGUAUUAGCACUGUGGUGUUGCACAAAGGACUGCUCACAACGUCAUAAAAAGAGGAAAGAAAUUCACUUUUAUUUAUGUUGAAUUAGUAUGAGUGUGUGGACUUUUUAUCAGACAUGGAUUUCUCCGUAGCUACUGUUCAGAGAACAAAAAAAAAACACAUUUUCCUAUGAAACUUCAUUUCAUCUGUACAAAUCAAUGAAAGAUAAAAGGCGUGUGGGAGUGAGGGAAGGACAUCAGUAACAAACUGGGAUAAAGAUGACAAAACAAAGGCGUGCUUACAAAAAAGAUAAAUGCUAAUAAACAAUGUAAACAAGAAAAAAAAUAAUAAAAGGCUAACUUCUUUCUAAAGGUUUCCUCCUCGACUGAUACCUCCAUCAAACAUCUCUGCGUGCUCAGAGCUACAGCUUUUGCUUUAUGUCAGAUUGAACUCUUCUUCAUGAUUGUCACCAAAAACGACUCCAUAUAAUGCACUUUUUCAGUCGUGUGUGAUAUACAAUGUACUGAUGUGUUAAUUUGUCUGCCAGCCCUGUGUGUACAAAGCUUUGUGCCAUGUGUAUUGCAGCUUAAGCCCAUGUGUUCAUUGUAGCUGUGGGUAAUGCCUUAUUAGGACUCUUUGGGGACUCACUAUUAGUUAUGCAUGGGAGAGCAGGUAGACAUGCUCCAAUAACAUCCCUCUGACCCAAAACAACACGCUAGUUCUGCACCACCUCAAUCAGCACACUGUUCAAAACAGCCUCGCAACAUGACAAUUCAUAAAGUCAUACUGUAUCUCUCUAUAGUGUGUGAAAAUUCAAUAUUUAUAUAACAGGUAACAGCUGAUGGUGAUGUACUGAAAAUGAUUUGGUCUACUCUGAUUUUUGUAUAAUAUCCUUAUUCUUUGACAAAUGUAAAAGAAAAAAAGAUAUGGUUGAAUUUGAUAGCAAAUUAGCUUUAAAAAAAAAAGACUUUUUUCUGUCAGCAUUUAAGAGAAAAUAUCUCUUGACUCACUGUCCAGCACCAACUUUCAUAAAUAAUGCAGGAAAAAAGACAGUCACGCUAGCUGCUGUCGGCUACUUAGGCAAAGCGUUGCUUUGAGCAAAAUGCUAACAUCAGCAUGCUAGCAUGCUCACGAUGACAAUGCUAACUUGCUGACGUUAAGCAGCUAUAAUGUUUUAUUUAAGAGGCUGGAACCAGUAAAUGUUUGACAUUUUUGCUUGAAAAAUGCCUGAUUAAUAGAUUAUUAAAAUAGUUGGCCAUUCAUUUUCUUUUGAUCAACAAAUCAAUGAGGAAUGAGCAAGUACACCAUUAUCUGCAUUAGCUCAACCAACCAAAUUAUCUGUAUCUGUAACCGUACUACGAAUGAGUUUAAAUAGACAGUGGGUUGGGCUUAAACCGAGAGUGGGUGGAACUUAAUCUUAAAACUGGGAUUUUAAGAC